CACCACCACUUGGUGUUCGGGCCAGGAGCAGGUGCUCGUGACGUCACCUAGUGGCUCGCGCCACAUAACUUCACCCGACGACACAACCCAGGAUUUGUAGAAUCUGACAGACGGUAAGCGUGCCAUGGAACCGGUAAAGCAACUGCGUGCAGGAAUCGGGAGCGGGGAGGACGCAAAUCUCUUGGAGCAAUGCAAGCAGCGGGCAUGCGAAGUCAUCGAGCAGGAAGCCGAGCAAAUGCAAGCGCUGAGCCAGGAUAUCUGGAGCCAGCCAGAGCUGGCUUACAAGGAGCAUCAGGCCCACGACCGACUCACACAAUUCUUUUCCUCACGCGCGGGAUGGGAAGUGCAGCCGCGGUACAAGUUAGACACCGCUUUCCGUGCUGACUGGGGGCCGCAGGGAGACCAGGCUGCGUACCUACACGUUGGCUUCUUGUGCGAGUACGACGCUCUACCCGGCUUGGGGCACGCCUGUGGCCAUAACCUGAUUGCAGAGGUCGGGGCUGCCGCCGCCCUGGGUCUGAGGGGCGCCCUGGAGAACCUUCAGCCACCUCGAGCUGUCAAAGUGACCGUUUUGGGUACACCAGCUGAGGAGGAGGGUGGAGGCAAAGUUGAUCUUCUCCAUGCUGGUGCAUUUCAAGGGAUGAAUGCAGUGUUCAUGGCUCAUCCAGGACAGGACGACGCAGCCUACCUGCCAGAUGUUGCAGUACAUGAUGUGACUGUGAAGUAUUAUGGGAAAUCUUCUCAUGCUGCUGCAUAUCCAUGGGAAGGAGUAAAUGCUUUAGAUGCUGCUAUUCUUGCAUACAACAAUGUGUCUGUCUUAAGACAGCAAAUGAAACCCACCUGGAGAGUUCAUGGAAUAAUAAAAAAUGGAGGCAUCAAACCAAAUAUCAUUCCCUCAUACGCUGAAUUAGAAUUUUAUUUGCGCGCUUCAUCCCGCAAAGAUCUCCUUGUCUUACAAGAAAAGGUUUAUGCUUGUUUUAAAUCUGCAGCUGAGGCAACUGGUUGCCAGGUAGAUUUAAGUUCUACUGGCCAUGACUAUGACAAUGUACUCCCAAAUAAAACACUAGCAAGAGCCUAUCAAGAAAAUGGAAAAAAAUUGGGAAUGCAAUUCACAACAAACGAUAUGGUGCUAAACAGUCUUUCAGGUUCCACAGAUUUUGGAAAUGUGAGCUUUGCGGUUCCUGGUAUUCAUCCUUAUUUUUAUAUUGGUUCUGAAGCUCUUAAUCACACGGAACAAUACACUGAAGCUUCAGGAUCCAAAGACGCCCAGUUUUAUGCGCUUCGCACAGCAAAAGCUUUGGCAAUGACUGCAUUAGAUAUAAUAUUUCAACCGGGAUUGAUGGAAAGUGUUUAUGAAGACUUCAAAAAAAUGAAACGCAUUGAAGAAAAUGGCUUAAAUGCAUCAGAAAACGCCAGAGUAUCAAGCAGUGGAGCUGGAAGUGCAUCCUGUUGAAUAGCCCCUUAAGAGUUACUAUAUGCAUUUUUCUAUUCAUAAAAGAAUGUUGUUUAAUUUCUUUUUGCUACAGAAUAACCAAUGAUCAUCCAGGAAAUAAGAAAAUAUUAUGAGCUAUUUUGCACCCCAAAGACCAGAACUUUUUAUAGUUUUAAGCCGUGAUUAUUCUUUGUUCUGCAUAGUACCUGCACAUUAAAUAUUUUUUUGUCAUGGGGGUUUCUUACAAGAAAUAUGCAAGUAAAUAAAUAAAAUGCCAAACGCCUUUUGAAUGUAACGAAGCCUCAUAAGCUAUACAGAUUUCAAAACAUCUUCAGACCCUGCUGUUAUAAGCCCAGCUGCAGCCCAGAUUUUUGCCACCACUUUCUUGUUUUAAAGCUUUGUUGGACUCUU